CUUAUUGUUUAGCCGAACGGAGAAAUGUCUGAUUAAAAGUGCAUUUUAAUGCGCGAUUUGAUGACGUAACGACAAUGUUCCAAAAACAAAUGGCGUAUGCGUUACCUGCCACAGGCCCAGCGUACAAGUAACAUGAACCUGAUAUGCACAUGUCUGUAGGAUUUCUGUAUAGUACUGUCGGGCUGUUGAAGGACGUGGCUUUUGCAGCAGUUUACUCGCACGGUGCAAAGCAGCGCAUCUUGUGUGGAGAAUCUCCCUGUAGAAAUGAACGCUUAUUCGGCAUGCGGAAUAAAAAUGCCUGCUUCUCUACGGAUCUGCUGGCACAGGGGCCAUUAUAAAGAUUUGCAUGAGCAGGGAAAGGGCUGAACCAUGUCUGUUGAUGGUGAUGUUGAUGUUGAUGACUGUGGGCAUAAGUUUCCAGCCCAUUAUAAAGUCAUGCUUGACAAACUGAAUGAGCAACGUCAACUGGAUCAGUUCACAGACAUCACUCUCAUUGUGGAUGGACAUCAGUUUAGAGCCCACAAAGCUGUACUAGCAGCCUGCAGUCAGUUUUUCCACAAAUUCUUCCAGGAUUUCACUCUAGAGCCUCUAGUGGAGAUUGAGGGGGUAAGCAACUCUGCCUUCCACCAUCUGAUGGAAUUCACCUACACAGCCACAUUAGCUGUAAAUUGUGAGGCAGAAGUCAGUGAUGUCUGGAGAGCUGCAGAGUACCUUCAAAUGCAGGAAGCAAUCAAGGCCUUAAAUAACAGUUUCAACAGUUGUCAUCUUCUCGCAUCCAGAAGCAAUGGUACAACCUCAUUAAACUCAUCCCAGGCCUUGGCUGGAAAGAGCAAGGCUAAGAAGAGGAAGAUUGCAGAGACCUCCAAUGUGAUCACUGAGACACUUCCUUUGCUUGAGACUGAAGCAGUUGAAAUCGAAGUAGAGGUUGGCGAGGAACAUAUCGAGGUGGUGGAUAGUGGCCUGGUGGAAGUGCUAGAUGCUGCCAGGAGUACCGAACCCUCCUCAGAUGACUCGGCUUUGGCUUUGUUGGCCGACAUCACCAGCAAGUACCAGCAUGGAGAGCAGACACUCCAUGUGGUAAAAAAGGAUGAAGAUGACAUAGUGGUUGUGCAGGAAGAGGCUAUGAUAGCCUCCAAGACCCUUGAGAAUAUUGAAGUGGUGGAGGUCCAGAUUUCUCAGCUGGACAACCUUUUCCGUUGUGACAAGUGUGACCGCUGCUUCAAACUGUACUACCACCUGAAACAGCACUUGAAGACUCACACGGCUACCCCGGAUAGGAGCUUUGUCUGCAGGCACUGUGGCAAAUCGUACGCCCGAGAAGGAGCUCUUAAACAGCACCUGAAUAAUUACCAUUAUGAGGCAGAGGAGCAGUCUCGGCGGCAGAAAAAGAAAGUGCACGUCUGCGAUUACUGUGAAAAGCAAUUUGAUCACUUUGGACACUUCAAAGAGCAUUUGAGGAAGCACACAGGUGAGAAACCGUUUGAAUGUCCUGAAUGCCAUGAACGUUUCGCCAGGAACAGUACUCUGAAGUGCCACAUGUCGGCCUGUCAGAAUGGCUCUGGAGCCAAAAAGGGGCGAAAGAAGCUCUAUGAAUGUCAGGUCUGUAGCAGUGUGUUUAAUGGUUGGGAGCAGUUCAAGGACCACUUGGUCACCCACACGGGUGAGAAACCCAACCACUGUACCAUCUGUGAUCAGUGGUUCACACAACCCAGAGACCUCCAAACUCAUAUGCAAGAAUUCCACGGCUUACAGGAGAAGGUUAUUGUCACAGAGGAAGUAAUGAUUUCAGACCAAACAACAGUUUUAGCAAUGGCAGAGGUGGAGGAGGUUGGAGAGAGGGUUAUUCUGGAGGAUGAAAUGAGGGUGGAGCAUGUAAUGGUGGAACCGGUGGACAUUGUUGCUGUUGAGGAGACUCUUGUGGUAGAGGAAGAGACGCAGCUAGAGCCUUCUCCAUCGGUGGGUGGGGUGGAAGAGACAGUGGUUUUACAAGUAGAGGACGAGCGAUUAAAAGAGCAAGCAAUGGAAAUCCAAAUGGAACAUGUGUCUGUAGCUGAGCCAGAGGACUCUGAAGGUCAACAAGAGGCUGUGGAUGGUUUGAAAGAAGAAAAGAUUACAAAUGUAUGAAAAGCCUCUACUGCGCAUUGACUCUUUGAGAAUGGAAUGUAAGAUGAAACAGGCCUUUUCUCCUUUCCCGCCCUCUUAUAAUUCAACCAUAAUAGACGUAAAAUGGCACCUGGUCAGUGUGGUGUCAUCCAGUGGAAAUCGGUUCACCUACUUUUUCAGCUUUGCUCUUUGCCUCUCUGAGGGCUCGCCAAGAAAGCUUUGCUUUUACACAAGCCUGUUAUUUGACAGCAUGGCCACUAUGAAUUUGAUCACAGGUUUAGUCAUGCUUCUAAUGUGCAUUGUGGAUAAGGAGGAUGGUAAGAGGAGUAAUUCAUUUCAAGAAUAGUGCAGAUCGCUCAGACUGUUUCUGAGAUAUUUGAUUUUAAAAUUAUCUUUGGGAUGUAUGCUGUAGAAGCUUAUUUUUGUAAAAGAAUUAAAGUGCAAAAUAUGUCCCCAAAUGAUCCAGAGACCAUAUAAAUGCAGUUCUGGCUUGUGUUUCUAACAUUUCUCCUCAUUCAGUCAGUGCUCAUUUACAAGGAUCAGUCUUUCUUAUGUUUCAUUUUCAGUCAGAAGCAAGAAGUCUUGAAUGUAAGUGUUUGCUAUUGAGCUGUACAGAGCAAUAAAAUAUUGUAUGAAAUGUUUGCAUCACUUCCUAAGAUUUUCGUAAUGAUAAGGCAUGUUAAGCCUGUGUUCAGUUCAGUCGUGCCGUUUAAAGGUGCACUCAGUAACUUUUGCCUUUGUGUCAUCUUGGACUUACACUGACACCUAGCAGCUUGGAUGCAGCAUCAUUUAAAAUCAAUAGUUUUCAGUUUCAGAUGCCAUUGUAGAGAUUUAGUAUUCACAGUCAGCCAUGAUUACUUUAAUGAAUGAGUGAAAGUGUCAAAUAACAGGAUGGUUACUGAGAUUAAGCGAGUAGUAUUCGGCUGGUCAUGUGAUCUUAACAUGGCAGCCCCCAUGUGCGGACCCUCUCCAUGUAGAAUUAAACCGCUUUUAAAAGGUUACUGAUAUGACUGGAGUCUUCAUUUUAAUGUGAGUGGUCAUGAUUUCCUACAUACGUAUAUAGCAAAAUUACAAAUUCUAUUCUUUAGGAGUUAAACUUUUUUAAUGAGGAAAAAAAUUACUGAAUGCACCUUAAAUGUGAACUUGAAUUACAAUGUAUUUGUGACAUGCAGCAGUUCCUCACUGCUAGACCAAAUGCACUGGCAUAC